UCAGUGUUUCCCCUGGAAAUUUGAAUCUCUCUUUUUUUUUGCGUCUCUUCUUCCCCUUGCUCGAUACGCGCUUUAUUUUCAAGAAAUCUCCGAUCCAAUAGUUUCCAAAGAGAGAUUCUACAAUCGAAAAAUCCUCACAAUGGCGGCGUACAGAGCCGACGACGACUACGAUUACCUCUUCAAGGUGGUGUUGAUAGGAGACUCCGGUGUCGGAAAAUCCAACCUCCUUUCUCGAUUCACGCGCAAUGAGUUCAGCCUCGAAUCCAAAUCCACGAUCGGCGUCGAAUUCGCCACCCGUAGCAUCCAUGUCGAUGAUAAGAUCGUCAAAGCCCAGAUUUGGGAUACCGCUGGCCAAGAGAGAUAUCGAGCAAUCACAAGUGCAUAUUACCGAGGAGCUGUAGGAGCGUUGCGCUAUGAUGUCACAAGGCAUGUGACCUUUGAGAAUGUCGAAAGAUGGUUAAAGGAGCUUAGAGAUCACACAGAUUCCAAUAUCGUCAUCAUGUUCGUUGGGAACAAAGCAGAUCUCCGUCACCUACGAGCUGUUUCAACCGAAGAUGCCAAGGCUUUCGCGGAGAGAGAGAACACUUUCUUCAUGGAGACAUCAGCUCUUGAAUCGUUGAAUGUCGAGAAUGCUUUCACCGAAGUGCUUUCUCAGAUUUACCGUGUGGUUAGCCGUAAAGCGCUUGAUCUUGGAGAUGAUCCGACAGCUCUUCCCAAAGGACAGACCAUCAAUGUUGGGUCUAAAGACGACGUCUCUGCGGUUAAGAAGGUAGGUUGUUGCUCAACUUGAUGGCUCCACGUCCAAGAAUCAGAUUUACUCCGGUUCAGAAAACUGUUGUGUCAAUCUUGUUUGUUCAUUUUUCUUUCUUUGUCAUAUGUGAAGAUCUUGUU